AUGGGCCUGGUGGCCACCGAUUGGUCCUUCAACGAGCUGAGCGUGCAAGCCGUUCUGGCUGUGAUGAGCAUUGGCAACAGUAUCUCUUUGCUGGCUUUUGGUUGGUUGGCUGACCGCUAUGGCCGCGCUUUGGUCAUGCGAAACCUUCUCUUACUGACCAUUGCAGCUGCCAUCUUCAUGCAGGGCUCAAGGAGUUUGGAACUCACGCUCUGGGGCCGCUUUCUCGUAGGUCUUUCUUCCGGUGGUUUGAUGGCGGCAAUGUUGCCACUGCUGGCAGAGCUGCUGCCGGCCAAAAGCCGUGGCUUCUAUCUCACCGUUUGGACAUGUGGCAGGCCUGCCGGUGCCCUGUUCGCCGUCAUCAUCAGCUGCUUGCUGCCCCGCAUGCAGUGGACCAAUUUCAUCUUCUUGCUGACCCUGCCGGCAGUGGUUCUGUACAUCUUAUGUCGAUUAGAAGUGGUUCCAGAAUCUCCCCGAUUCUUGUACCUGGUGGGCAGAAGAGAGGAAGGCUACUUCACUCUCUUGGACAUAUAUGACAAGGAGAUGACUUGUCUUCCCUGGGCACCCGAGUCCGUGUCGCUCACCAGCUCGCCCGAGAGCAAGGAGGUCAAAGCCGGACUUGAGAAGCUCCACUCCUCCGAUGCGACCAUCACAGCUUUCUUGUGCCUCAUCGUCUUCAUGAUCAACUGCCUGGGUGCCGAUGACCACGCUGGCGACCUCCAGUACGCUGGCGAACCCACUGGCUUUAAUCGCGUUCCCAUUUGUCCAGGUGUGGUGCAGAGCCCACAAGUCCACAGCCUUGCGCUGCUGCAGAGCCCACCAGAUCACCACUCAGUGAUGGUGGUAGCCCAGGGCUACAUGCUUGAGCUGUGUGGCAUCGUUCUUUGUGCCACGGUCUCAUCAGCAGCUGGGAGUAGACGUCGGUCCGACGGUCCGACGGUGGAAGAGACGUCACCGGGCGCAGACGGGAAGGGCACCAAAGAAAUGUGGCCAGCAAAGCACCUGGAUUCGCCUGGUUACCAGGUCUUGAGCCGUCGCUGGCUCAUCCGGGGCGCACUGCUGUGCGCGGCCGUCCUGAGCUUCGCAACCACCGCGGCGGAGGGGCGGCGAAUGUGGUUUUCUGCGGGACCUCUUUAUGGAGCUGUUCUCAUCGCACAAUCUGCAGCCUUCAACUUUCUUCUGGUCUAUACUUGUGAGAAGUUCCCCACGUCCUCCCGUGCCAGUGCGGUGGGUUUGGUGCUGUUCUUCGGUGAGGUUGCGCGCUUCUUUAUGCCGGCCCUGGGCAUUGUUUUAUUGAGGCAUAUGUCCCAGUUCACUGUGGUAUCCAUCUUCAACAGCUUGUAUUUGGUUGCAUUCGUUCUGACCUUCCAGCUUCCUCUGCCAUCUUUUCGCGAAAAACCACUUCACGACAUCGAUGAAAGCAGAGGGAAAGAUGCGCUGAAGCGCAAGCGACUUGGAGUCACCUAUCAAACUGUUUAG